UCAACGUGACAGCUCAGUCUGUUGCGCAGUUUCACCUAAUCUAAAGUUCAAGGUACCGUGAGCUGGUUUGGUUUGGUUCGCUGGGAUCUCUAUCAUUCAUCUCCAGCUGGUGAGCGGUCUGUUUGUCUGCACAGAAGCCUUUUAAAUUCAAAAGAUCAGAGACCAUGGGAGAGUGGAGUUUUCUGUCCUCUCUACUGGACAAGGUCCAGUCCCACUCCACUGUCAUUGGGAAGGUCUGGCUCAGUGUGCUCUUCAUCUUCAGGAUCAUGAUCCUUGGAGCUGGAGCAGAGAAGGUUUGGGGUGAUGAACAGUCGAAUAUGAUUUGCAACACCAAACAGCCUGGUUGCAAGAACGUCUGCUAUGACCAAGCCUUCCCAAUCUCACACAUUCGGUUCUGGGUCCUCCAGAUUAUCUUCGUCUCGACACCAACACUGAUCUACCUUGGUCACGUCCUCCACGUUAUCCACAGAGAAGAUAAGAUAAGAGAAUAUAUGAAGACCCACUCUAGGACUGAAAAACUUCCCAAGUACUCUGACGACAAAGGCCAUGUCAAGAUUAAAGGCGACCUGCUGGGAAACUACAUGACCUCCAUAUUUUUCAGAAUCCUUCUGGAGGUAGCGUUCAUCGUUGGGCAGUAUUAUCUGUAUGGGUUUGUCAUGGUCCCAAGAAUCGUCUGCACCCGAGUCCCAUGUCCCUUCACUGUAGAGUGCUACAUGUCUCGACCCACAGAGAAGACCAUCUUCAUCCUCUUCAUGCUUGUAGUGUCCUGUAUCUCUGUUCUUCUCAACGUAGUAGAGAUAUUCUACCUGGCGUGUACUCGCUCAUGCAGACGAAAGUCUAAAACAACGGCGGCUACUGCUAUUGCCGUUCACCCGCGUUUAAACGGUGACAGUCUGAUGAAAAGCGAGAAGCUUAGCCUCCAUGACUCCAGCCACAGCACAGCCUGAAGAAUGCCAUUUAGAUCCAUUGUGCAAAAUGUAAACAGUCACAUAGUUAACGAGGGCAAAUAAAAAUGUGAGUGAAAUGAGACCAGGGCCCACUUGUGUAAAACUACACUAAGAGUUAUUUAUUUAUGUGUUGCUUAAGAAUUCCUGAAAAUUACACAAAUUUGGAGACGUGUAUGUAGACUGUUUAUGAAUCACAGAUUCAAAUAUUUUAACAUGCACAAGAACAAUACAAUAGCUACUGUAUCACUGAAGCAACAUUUUACAAAUUGUACAAAACGUGAGCUUUGUGGAUUUAUUAGUUUUUUUGCUUUGUGUUUUGUACUUACGACUACAUAUAUUUAACCAAUUUCCACUGGCUGAAAGCCAUUAAGUAGUGCUCCAAGCUUGGUUUGCUCUAAAGAAGUGUAUGAGGGCUGUUAGUGCUACUUUGAUUUUCAGUUUCUUCUAUAUUAGUAAAAAAAUUGCAGAUGUGACUUUUAAGAACUGUAAAUAUUUUAAAAACAAAUAAUUCGCUUUUUUCAUGUUUCGUAUUUUAAUAUGAUUGUGUUUAUAAUUGAUCGUUAAAAAAAGGUCCACUAAUGUUUAAUUAAAACAUGCUUGAAGUUUA